AAAUUUUCUAUCAAUCACUUGUGCUUGUGUUGUAAAUUUUUAACUUUCACUGCCAUCGCGCAGAUUAGAUUAGAUCGAAUGCUUUUUUACCAGUUUUAAAAGGGACCGAUUUUACAUCGGAAUAAUUCGAUUUAUUUCAGUCGGUGCUCGUGUAUUCUCAGUGUUUCGAGUCGAAUCCGCACGCAUAUGUACAUACUUGAUUCUGUGAUAGUGGUUCAGUGCUUGAAGUGAUAAAACUUUCGCAUUUCGUGCCUGUCGGUCGUUAGUCCCCGCGUGAAACCUAAAAUGCAUCUGUUUAGUUUCAUCUCCUUAAUUCACCAGACUUAUCUGAACCAUCGGUUAUUAUCUUGGUCAUCGAAACCAGUGAAAUAGUUAGAUCACUGAGAAGCACUGUGUUAUCAUUCAAAUGUUCUCUCUUUUUCGUGAAGUUAAUACCUACUUUUUCAUAACUAGUUUUACAGUCUUCAAAAGCUUUUAACGCUGCACGAUAGUGAUGCAUCUUAACCUAUGAAGUCCCCUCAUAUCCAAUAACAACGGCAUCCAUAACUAUCAAUCCUGUGGGGACCAUGGCAUUCAUGAUGAAGAAAAAGAAAUACAAAUUUACAGUUGAACUGUGUUUGGAGGAGCUAACUGCUGUCCCAUUUGUCAGUGCUGUGCUAUUUGUGAAAGUUCGCUUGUUGGACGGUGGGAACUUCAGUGAAAUUUCUUCUAGGGAGGAGGUUAAGGACCAUUCUGUCCGAUGGGGUGCCAAAUUUGAAUUUGUCUGCAAAAUGAGUGCAAAUGCGUCGACAGGCAUUCUGGACCCCUGCAUUCUCAGGGUCUCCGUUAGGAAGGAGCUAAAAGGCGGACGCUCUUAUCAAAAAUUAGGAUUUACAGACUUAAAUCUUGCAGAGUUUGCAGGCUCAGGUCUCAUGACUCGCAGAUGUCUUUUAGAAGGCUAUGAUACUAGGCAUAGACAAGAUAACUCCAUGCUAAGGCUGAAUAUCCGUAUGAAUAUGCUAUCGGGUGAUGUUUUAUUUAAAGUUCCUUCGCCAUCUCAAAAGCAAAAGCAACUAUCUGAAGGGGAUACUGCAGAUAGAAUUAGAGGAGAAGAAUUUUCUAGUGGUAGCUCAGGUUUUGGAAGUCUACCCAAGAAGAGGCCUCCUUUAUUCUCCUCAGAGUUGUUAACCAGUGCUAGUGGAGCUGUUAACACAGAACCAAGUGGUCAAGAUACAGUGUCAGAAUUAGAACCUCCUAUGGAGCAAGAAGAAAAUAACCAUUCCUCAGAACCGGGGCACUCCCGGAAUUCUUCCAAUACAAGUCAGUUGAGUCGGGUCUCAGGAUACAGUUCACAACAUUCUCGGCAAUCUAGUUCUGGAACAGAUUCUGCAGCUGCUGGUCAUACAAGGUCGCCAUCUUGGCCGGUCUGGUCUCCGGGGCUACCCCCAGUUCAAUCGGCUCCUGCUUCCCCUACUCUUCCCUCUACCCCCCUCUCUACUCACCCCACAACUAAUAAUCGGAGAAGGUUUUGGUCAACCUCCAAUAACCACUCUUUGAGUAGUAUAGCCAUUGGAACAACUCCCAAUUCAUCGGUGCGGAUUAAUAACAACAAGCCACCAAAAAGUCCUCCCAGUUCAUAUCAAAACAAUAGUAUUCCGAAGCAUUUACAAGGGAACGAUGUAACUCCUAGUCCUAUAGCGAAAUUAUCUGCAACCGCGAAUAUUUUUAGGUUCCCUCCAUGGUCCGGACCUGGCCCCUCACCCCGAACAUUAUCCUCGCCAGGGCUUCCCACUCCUCUCAGUGACGCAACCAAUCAGAGGUCUAUACUGCCUCCACAUAGAAAAUUAUUAGAUGGAAGCUGUAAAACUAGUCUACCCACAAUGAUAAGCCCAGACUUGCAGCCAGAAGAAUCAGAUGCCCAUUCAACUCCUCCUUCAUGUAUCACGCUGCGCAGAGCUAGUCAAGUAAAUGCAAGCAGUGGUUCCGGUGGUCUUAGUGAAACUGGCUCUUUAGAUCGUGGAAAAGCAGCACUAGAAAGGCGGAAGAAGGCAACGGAAGAAACAAGCACAGGAGGGAGAGUAGAAGGAACACGAGUCAAUCCCGACAGUUUGAUUGAUGAGUUAAUUAAAAGUUCAAAUUUGGACAAACCGGAUGACACCACCUCUAGCACUGGUUUACAACUAUUCAUAGCAAAAGAUGGAACAACAGCAUUAGGAGGCCACGAUGUAGCGAGUCAAAUGCCAAUCGGUGUAUUUAAACAAGUAGUUAUGGAAGAAAACAGAUAACAUACAAUUCAUAUGUUCGACCUAUGCAAAAUCGUGGAAUAAUCGCGCUGAAUUCAUAGUAUAUUUCUAUCAGUCCUGUCUGUCCUUGGUACCAGUUUUUACUGCUCUCAGUGUUAUUUUGUGAGUUAUUGUCGAUGACUUGUAGCCUACAGUUUUGUGGGAAAUAUUUCUCGCUUUUUUUUUUUGAAAACCUUCUAUUGUUAUUUAUUAUUUCUUGUGUACUGAAAAACUAUUCAUUUUGAAAUCCAUCUUUUAACUAACAUAAUUUUCUGUAAUGUUUGUUUGCGCAUAUUUCUCACAUAAUAAGUUUAAACCUUGCUCUACUUUUUCUUUAUUUUUUCAAGGAGUAAAUUAUUUUUGCCCUAUAGCUACAUUUAUGCGGCAGAUUAACUUAAAGUCUUGUUCACUAAAUAUGAGGGCAGGAACCAGGGUUUAGUCUCAGAAAACUCAUCCUAACUUGAGUCAGCUUAAAAUUUAAAGUUACACCUUAAAACUAUCUUGACCUAAAUCCUCCUGAAGAGAUGUUUAUUAUCAUUGGAAUCCCCAUACUUGCUGUUGUUUUAUCAGGAAUUCAAGUUCAGUCAUUUUCAACGAGAAUUUGAGAAUUUUGUCCGUAUUUGCUAACAUAUUCAUGUGUUUUUUUCAAUUCAAAUCAUACAGUUUCUUUACAUUUUGUGGAGAGGCCAUAGAAGUUUACUGAGUUACGAAUGAGACCUGGAUUUAGAAUGUCGCAUAAGUGUAGUUAAUUCCAAAUCGAGGUUGUGAGGUUUAGGGUUUUAAGUUUUGAAAAUGGAUUGGAGGUAGAAUUUCUUUCAAAUUUUGGUUGUUCAUGAAACAAUAUUUUUAAUAAAUGGUCCGAAAUUGUGGAACGCCUUUAUGUAACAUUUUAAGAUUUUUCAAGUGGAAUGUCACCCUAUUUUUUGUUGUUCCGCCCAAAAGCUUUUGCUUUCUUCUUUAAAGAUAAGUUGAAUGGUUAAAGGAAAAAAUUAAAAGGAGAUUUCAGAACUGUACAAUGUCUUGGUUGCAUUUGUCUGUCAUCUUCAUUUUAUCUCUUGCUUGAGGUGAACUAAUCAAUGUCUUAAAGUAAAUGAUAACUAUCUUUGCAAUAUCCUCCACGAGAACAUAAUCUAAUGAUAUCGAAGUGUAAGACUCCUUUAGGGAGGCAACUCAAUUUUUUCAUUUUCCUGCGAUUCUAAAUACUUCUCUGUGUCUUUCACAAUGUGAAGGUUUUUCCCUGGGAAGGUUUUUUUUUUUUUUUGUCAGCAGUUAGUAUCAUGUCUUUAAAAUCUCAUUCAAUUAAAAUUUCUUAUUAUGAUCUUGCUCUAUAAUCCGAACAAGCCAUUUAUUUCUUUUGAAUUUCUGCAUGAACAGUAAUUACUGGAAACUAUGAUGAUGAAAAAUUUGAAGCUCUCAAUUUUAUCUUGAAUUCCAAAAAAUGAGUCCCAUAUUAAAAUCAGGUAACAACUAAGGUGAGUGCAAUGAAGGUAUGCUCUUCCAAAACAGACCACCGAAAGUGGACAAAAGAUACAGUUGUGUUCGGGUUUUUUUCUCAGUUUCAGUGGGAAGUAUGUAGCAGGGUUUCAACUCAGCAAUAUUUAAUUCUUAUUUCUCCGCUCUUCUGCCUGGGCCAAUUUUCCAAAAAUUGAGCGUUUUGUUGAUGUUAGGCGAUUAAAUAGGGGAAGAGCGUACCUUAGUUUCACUUACUUUGGGUAACAGCAACCUCCACUUCGAAGAAUGUUGUGAAAAUCCUUGCAAGCUUAAAACCGUUCUCACUUUGUGUCAAGUUUCCACUUGAAGCUCCUAAACUCAUGAUACCACCGACACUACUUGCCUGAACUUUCCUCUUUGUAGGAAAGUUUAUUUUAUAUUCUAGUCUUAAAGAAUUUUUGUUCUUUUAGUGAUUUUAGAAAUUUUCCUAUAAUGCCCAGAAGGAUCUUAGAUUGGAUUUUCUGAGCAGUCAAUUUUUUACUGCCUAAUACCUUCUCAAUUCUCAUGCCAUCAGACAUCAGUCUGAAAGACAGUAAAUAAUUUGUUUGUAGUUUCCCAAGAGCAUUUUUAAAAUUGUUAUGAAAAAAUCGGAAUAUGUUAAGUAGUUUUCGCACAGCAAGGGGCCAAAGUGGGAUGAAGGGGGGGGGGGUUAAUUUUGUCUACGCUAUAACUCGAGUAAGAAUGAAUAUUUUGAGCUGAAAUUUUGAUGGUAGCCAGAGAUUCUCUGAGACUGGUUUUCUACAGAAUUUCAGCAAAAUUUGCACCCAUGUUUUGAAAUGGCGGUCAUAUAUAUUUAUUAUAGGCGGGAAGAAGGGCGCGAAAACACAAGAAUAAUUACCAUUCUGAGCUGAAAUUUAAGAUGCACUCAAGAUGCAAUGAUGGAAUGCUAAGUUUAUAGAAAAUCUUUGGAAAAUACACUCUUUACACAGUAAAUAUGCGGACUACAAAAAGAACUGUCUCCUCUACUUACCAACGACCCCUUACUAUGCGGCAGGGUUUUUUUUUAUUUCUCAUUCUCUUCACCUUUUCCAAGUUUUUCAAAUUUUUGGUCGUCAAUUUUUUCCUCCCUCCCAAAAAGAAAGGCUUAUAGUCUUGAACUUCUACAUUACGCGCCUUUUCCCCUAAAAAAUCGAGCUGUACAAAUUUUUGCUGCUUUGUUAAUCAGACUUCAGAUGAUAUCCACUGAGCUGUGCUCAUCUGUCUCAAAUAAAGCAGUAAAUAGUGAAAUCGAUCACUUUCUGCCCACUAGAGCUUUCUCUUUACCAUUUACUGGUUAGGAACAUUUUUUAUUGUAUUUCAUUGAGUUCUAAUUGAAUUGAUGAAACAAUUGAUCAUACGGUUGAUCGAAGGUGUCAAUUCAUGAUGUAUUUGUCACUUUAAGAUUAUUUUUCCAGUCCAAAAUUCCGAUUUAUUCUUAUUUAUUCUUUGAUCGUGAAUAAUUUUCCGGCAUUUUUCAUUUCAUUACUGAUUUCUGAACAACAUUUACAACCCUAGUUUUGUACUAUUCUCUCGAUGAAAUUCUAAUGUAAAAAAAGGAAGAUUGCACUAACGCCCCUCCUCAGGGGAAAUGAAAAUUUGUGUGCAUGUUCCUCUUCCGCUUUUCCCUCCCUCAAUUAAGCCUGUCAACUAUUUCCAUCAAAGAAUAAAAGAGAAAAAUGAAAUCAAUGUAUCAGAAAAUGUUUAGCUCUAUUGAAUAGGACAGCAAUAGGUAAUCUAAAUCUUUGUUUGAUGGCACAGCUGAAUUUUCCAAGUGCUACAGCUCGCGAACCGAGUCAAGUACAAAGUAACGGAUUUCUGCUCAUUUCUCUCAUUGGGGACUGUGAAAGUAGCUGAAUUAAUUUUCUGGGUUACUGCUUUUAUUAAUUGAAACGAAAUAAUCGUUAGAUUUUUGCUUUUUCCAUUCUUUGAACCUUUUUCAAUUUUCUUCUGUUUAAUUUUUGGCCAUCCAUUGAGUUAAAACAAGCAUUAGAAAUUUGCAUACUUAUUAUUUUUCAAAGUUACCAAUUGUAUUAUGACAUAUAUAGUAUAAAUAUGUACAGAUCUUGUGAAAAUUAUUGUGGGAGCUGUGAAUACUAUUAUAUUAUAGAAAAAGGACUCGCCUCUGGUUUGUCCCAUGAACUGCUCAUCCUUUAUAGUACAAUGUAGCUCAUCAUUGAAAUGGCAAGACUGCAAUGUCAUUGACAGCGAAGGCAUUGUUGACUGUGAACUAAGAUCAAUUGUUGUGCUUGAAUAAAUAAACAAAGCUAUGUGUAUGUGAUUUCAAGGGAAAGACAAACCUGUCAACUGUAUUUGUUCGAUGACUUAUCUUUUUUUUUACUUCAACAACAAUUUUUGGGAAUCACUUCAUGUACUCUAACCGAAAUUCCCCCUUUGAACAUAUUGAUGAGUGGAGUGAGAGACCCAAACGUCCUUCUCAAUCUCAUUUGUUAACUCUAGCCAUUUUCUAUUAAGCUACAUGUUAUGGACAUUGGCUAAGGAUUACAGAAAUCUUAAGAGGCUUUAGCCCAGUUAGUUUCAAUGUUCAGCUCAAGUAUAUCCGAUUCUUGUGAAUUUCUUCUACAUUCUUUCCCUCAAAAAUCUGUUACCUGUGAAUUUUACCAUCUGCCCGCACAAAGACCUCACAGAUCAAGUGGUGCGUACCACUCGUAAGAAAACAUCUCUCAAGAGUGGAAGAAUUCAAUUCCAUCAGAUGCUUUAAAAUACUUAACAAGCUCAAAUAUUCAUCAUAAUUACUGUUACGCAAGACUGUUUUGCUGUUCGCCCAAUGAGAAUUGAAUUUUCAGAAAGGACUCAUACAAUUUCAGAGCAAAUGGAUCUUUCCCACUUUAAGAAGUCAUCAAUGCUUCAUAUAAGUACAUACUAAUAUGUAUAGUUUACCAAUCUUCAUUGAAACAAAGGUCAGAACUUCAGUCAAAAAAUUUCAUAGAAACUUAUACCAUCAGGGAAACAUUUUUAGGAAAAAAAUAAAAAGAAGUAACAUAAAAUUGUUAAAUUUGAGUUUUUCUAAAGAUAGCCUAUCAAAGAAAGAUCGAGAGAAAGAUAUCAAAAGAUUGUACCUAUCUUUAACUACGUAAAGCAUGUAAUUGAAUUUUUAAAAUUUCUCAGCUGAAGUCUUAAUAGAAAUGAAUUUCUAAUCUAUCGGACACUCUUUGUCUCUUAGAUCCAGUCAUAAUUGAAAUUUUCAAUCUCACUAACAUGCUAACCACUCGAGAAUACUACUGGUUGUUGAGCUGAAAUGAAACCAAACUUUGUCAAAGUCAGAAUGUGCGGCCAAUCACAGUAUUUUUACCCAGGUAACACAGUGGAAUGAAAAUGUUGAAACAUAGUUUCAAUUUUGCCUCAGUGAAAGGACCCCACACACUCCUUAUGGGAAUGUGUGCCCUGAUCGAUUGUCAAUUUUUGUUUGCAUUAAAUUCGUCUAUGGAAGCUGAUCAAAAGUCAUCAUUGCGGAUGGGAAAUAUCAAAGGAAUUUGAGAAGAAAUCUCCUUAUAGUAUAAAGCGUACAGUUUCUGAACAAUCAACUUCACUCAUGGCAGGAAUUUUGCAUUAUAAUUCUAACUAAUUACUAUUGAAAAAUAUUUGGAGAUCGUGAGAUUUAAACUGCCAAGGACUAAUAUCAAAUAAUCACACUACUAAUUUCUCUUGAAUCUCCCUUUACCUCACAUUAAGAGUUGCAGAUGCUGUGACGCUGUGAGAAAGAAAAGUUAACUUUUUUCUCUAGCUCAACUUACAAUUGCUUUUUUUUGCCAUCCACCCCUCCCCCUCUCAGUCAAAAACUCAAUUUUCCUUGGUUUCCUAUUACUACUGAAUUAUAUGAUUUGGUGUUAAUUUGAGACUCAAGGAAAAACACAUUCUUGUUCAGUUUAUUGCAACACAUUCCUAUGAGAUGAAUUCAGUGUAUCAGAAAAAAGUCGCAACUUGUUACAAUCAUAUUGCAAUAUUUUUCAACAAGUCAGCCCCUUCAAUUAGGAAAUAGGUAUUAUACACAACACUCCAGUGUAAUUGCUAUAGUUUUACCAUGUAAUCGCAAUUUGUUGCAAGCUGUGCUGCUGGAGUAAGUGUUGAAAUUCAACUGCUGUACCGUUUAAGUUAACUUUGUAGAAAAAGUGUCGUUUUACACUGAAAUUUUCUUAUUUUUAGAACAUGCUUGAACUUUCAAGAACUUUUACUCCGAUUUUUAUUUUUUCAAGUGAUUGUUUUAGGAUAUGAAGUGUUGUUACCAAACUUUUGCCUUAGUGAAAGCAUUUAAGGUCUAGUUGUAUUCACUAUUACUGUACAAACUGGUGUAUUAUUUGUUAAUUUCACUUGAAUUUAUUUGGAAGUAAUUUUCUGGAGUGUAAAUUUUAAAAAUUGUAUAUAAAAGAGUUGUUAUUAGUCAGCUUGCUUUUUUGUGUUUAAUGCCUACGUGUGCAAGCAUCUCCAGGAAAGUAAUUCCUUACAUUGCGAUUCUAAUGUAUCUUCUUCUGCUCCUUUCAUUAAAUUGUUUGUUCUUAUUCUGAACUGAAAAUAAUUGAAAAAACAGGAUAAAAGAAAACUCAUGAUAGCAAUAAUAUAAUUCGAUUUAAUUCCUCAA